AUGGGUACAAGACAAGAAAUGAAAAACAAGGGCAUUACUAUUUUGAAGAAGUUAGAAGAUAAUUGCUUGUUGGAAAAUUUCAAGGUUGAAAAAGUGAAAAUGCAUGAUGCAGUGAGAGACAUGGCAUUGUCGAUCACAAGAAUGAAUCUUCCAUAUAUGAUACAAGCAGGUUUGCAAUUAGAAGAGUUACCAGAAAAGGAGCAAUGGAGUCCGGAUAUUGAGAAAGUGUCGCUUAUGUAUAACUCCAUAUCAGAAAUUUCCAUAGAUGUGCUGCCCACAAAAUGUAAACUGCUCACAACUUUGUUAUUGCAGGGGAACCCUAUAAAGAAGAUCUCAUAUUCUUUCUUCACAAACAUGCCUUGUCUUAGUGUUCUCAAUUUGUCUUUUACCAAGAUCGAGAGUUUACCAGAUUCCAUCUCUGAACUAAAAAACCUAACAACAUUGUUACUUCGUGGCUGUCGAGAAUUAAGAGAUCUGCCAUGUCUUUCGAUGCUUCAAGAAUUGAAGAAGUUGGAUCUUCAUUGGACUAAAAUUGAGGAAGUCCCUGAUGGCAUGGAUAUGCUGAUAAAGCUAAGAUACAUUGAUCUUCAAGUGCGCACUCUGAAAGAGAUACGUGCUGGACUUUUACCAAAACUCGUUCACCUUCGGCACUUGAGUUUUGAUGUGAGAAAUAGACAAACAAGUCUAAAAGCAGAAGAGAUUGAACCGUUGAAGAAGUUGGAGUGCUUUACCGGACGUUUCGAAGAUAUCGAUGAAUUGAAUAAGUUCAUCUCCUCAAUGAAACAAAGUAAGAAAAAUCUCAUCAAGUACUAUUUACAGGUGGGCAUAGCUAAUUUCAUGAUGCACCCAGUUGAAGGAGAUAAAAUAGUAACAAUUGGAGGAGUCCAGAAUUGGGAAGGUGAGUUAAUUAUGCACCCAAUUGAAAUUCAACAGUUGAAUAUUUUUCAGUGCAACUAUUUAAGAAGCUUAGUUGAUGAUAAUUCUUCCUUCAAUAAUGCAAUUGACUUGAGGGUUUGUAAUAUUUGGAGCUGUGGAGGGAUAGAGUGUGUUGUUUCCUUGUCCUCUUUUACCUCUUCUUCCACUCAUCCAUUUCAGAGGCUUGAGGAGUUGUGUCUUGAAGCUCUGCCAAAGUUGAGUGCCCUUAUUAUCAAAGACGAAGGAUUUGGUUCAACAACAACAUCAACAUUGGCUCCGUCUGCCACCUUUUCCCAUCUCAAGCAAAUUGUUAUAAUCAGAUGCUCAAGUAUGAAGACGUUGCUUCCAAACCUCCAAAACCUGGAAGAAAUAUCAGUGUUAGAAUGUAAUGAGGUAGUAGAAAUAUUGGGAGCACCGACAUUACAAGUUGUAGAAAAAGGAGUGAUGCAUUAA